CAACAAAACACAUCACAAAAUCAAAACUCAAAGCUGUCCGAACCGGCGUUGCCUUACCAGUUAUCAUUGCUGUUGGUCACCGGAAAAAUCGACAAUUCACAACGACAUGGAAACUGGGGAAAUAUCUUUACCGGAAUCUAGUGCUCCUAUCCCCGAGGACUUCGUGCACGUUCAAAACCCCAAGCGCUCAGAGAUCUCAGUGGACGAAGCCGGGCAAGACUCUAGCCCGGACAUCUUAGAAAGUCCUAAUCCUGACCAUGAAAGUUCAUCUCGAACAAUUGAUACAGAUGAUGCUAUCGGAAUUGAUAAUGCGUCGGCAGUUACUGAAUCCGAAAGUUCGGAAGCUGUGGUAAUGGAGGCAGGACAGAACAAAGUUCUUCCUGAAGAGAUUUUGAAAAGUGUGGUGUGUUUGCAAUGUGAAUCCUCGGCUGAAGGUGGUUCUUGCGAUGUUUACUUGGUCGGAACCGCUCAUGUUUCUAUGGAAUCCUGUAGAGAAGUUCAAGCAGUCAUCGAUUACUUGAAACCGCAGGUUGUUUUCUUGGAGUUAUGUUCUAACCGAGUAGCUAUACUGACCCCUCAAAAUCUGCAGGUACCAACCAUGAGGGAAAUGUUGGAUAUGUGGAAGAAAAAGAAUAUGAAUAUUUUUGGAAUUCUUUACAGCUGGUUUCUUGCCAAGGUUGCUAAUGAGCUUGAGGUUUUUCCUGGUGCUGAGUUUCGGGUGGCAUUUGAAGAAGCAAUGAAGUAUGGUGGAAAGGUGAUACUGGGUGAUCGUCCAGUCAAUGUUACCUUACGGAGGACAUGGGGAAAGAUGACACUUUGGCAUAAAGCAAAGUUUCUAUACUGCAUACUUUUCCAAGCAAUAUUUCUACCAAGCCCUGAGGAUCUUAAUAAAAUGCUGAAGGAAAUGGAUGAUGUGGACAUGUUAACUCUUGUGAUUCAAGAGAUGAGCAAGGCAUUUCCCACUUUGAUGGAGACUCUCCUUUAUGAACGAGAUCUGUAUAUGUCAUCCACAUUACUAAGAGUUGCUAGUGAACAUACUUCGGUAGUAGCAGUUGUUGGCAAGGGACACUUACAAGGAAUUAAGAAGCAUUGGAAGAAGCCUGUGGAAAUAAAGCAUCUACUGGAAAUACCUGCACAAAAGCCUUCUUUUUCUGCGACGAAGAUCCUUGCAUCACUUGGUGUUGCAGUUGCUGGGGUGGCCAUAAUUUCUGGAAUCUAUAUUGCAGGCAAGAGAUGUUGCUGUUAGCACAUGCAAUGGUCUAGAAUGGUUAUCUACUGAGAGUGGUUUCAAUGUUAAUGAAAGAUUGCUGUACCACAAGCAUUCUAAUUG